GGGAGGAGCCAGAGUUAUCCUGAGUCUGGAACGAAGUGCUUACUCCGCCCGGAGGAACGUAGGCUUUGCGUUUCAAACUAAAGCCAAUUAUAAAUGCUACUCGGACUUUGCUUUUUCUCCUCGGGGAGCUCCCCUGCCUCAAUAAGCGUCGUUCGUCAUAAUCCUGAGCCGAAACGAUUGCGAACCACCAGCGGCCUCAACCACGCACUCUUUUCACCUAAGCAGCCGCCCCGGGGAGAGCGCAGAAUAAUACGACAGCGAGCAAAGAUUGCCUCCCAGCCUCGGGGCCCGCGGGCGGGGACUGGAGGAGAAGCAGCGGCGCGCACGCUUUGAUAACUCUUUUUCACGUUCGUCGUCUGCCAAAAGCGGGAGCGCGCACGUGCCCAACUAAUCUCUUACGGAGGAAGGAACAGGACCGGUCCUGGAAUGGAGAAGAACUAGAAAACCGAGAGCGGGUCUUCAGUGGCUCUGCUCGGACGAGGAUUUAAAAUGUCUAACAAAAAGGUGAUUGCAAGUAGAGCUGAUUGUGUAGAAAAAUUAUUGUCAGAAAAAAAUUACCAUGAUAUUGGAAGUCACCUUGCAUAUUUUGAAACUGUUGAUAUGACUGCAGACCAUCUCCAGGAGACUGAUGUUGCCAAAGCUGUGUUCAGAAUUCUCAAAAACUGCCCCUCUGUGGUACUGAAAAAUAAGGCAAAACAUUUACUGUCAAAGUGGAAAGUACUUUACAAGAAUCAUUGCCAUCAAUCAAUGCAAGUUAAAUCAGUGUUGUCUGAUGAUGCAAAAGAAGGUUCUGAUCACCUUCAGGUGGCCCUGGAAAAGGUAAACUCUUCUGAAGAACUGAAUCAACAUGAAGUAUUAGACACUUCCAUUUGCAGUAGUAGCCUUCCAUCAGAAUGCCAUCCAAAAGAUACUGGAUGUAAUAUGAUUCAAACAUCACUACUAAGCGAUUCUUGUCCUGUUGGUGAAAGAAGCCCACACCAAGAUCACAUGGCAACUGUGAGGUGUAAAUGCACUAAACUUCUUUAUGAAGCUUUGAUUGACUCUUCAACAAACAAUGAAGAAAAUGAAAAGAAUCACAAAAUAGCUGAAGAAAUUGAACAGCAUAUUUUUGCACUUUAUGCUAAAAAUGAUAGAAAAUACAAAAACUGUGUCCGAAGCAAAAUUUCUAACUUGAAAAAUCCUAAAAAUUCUCACUUGAAACAGAGCCUUUUUAGAGGGGCUUUGAGUCCAAAGACAUUUGCUGCUAUGUCUGCAAUAGAAAUGGCACACCAUGACCUGAAGCAGCUGAGGGCUUCAUACACACAAUCAUUUGUUCUGGAACAUCAGCUUCCCCAAACUAUUAAUGGUACACAUACAAACAAAAUAAAAUGUAGACGCUGUGAGAAAUUUAAUUGCACUAUUACUGUGAUUGCCAGGGGAGCUCUCUUCCUUCCUGGUUGGGUGCGAAAUACAAAUCCAGAUGAACAAAUGAUGACUUAUGUAAUUUGUAAUGAAUGCGGAGAGCAAUGGUAUCACAGCAAAUGGAUUUGCUUGUGAUUGUGCAUCCUUUAAUGAAUAUGAUUGAAGAGGCGAUAAACAUAAAAUAACUGAAUAUAGAUAUUGAAAAUGUUUGUAAUGCAGUAAAAAUCUGGGUGAUUAUUAUGGAGCAAAAUGGUUCACAGUCUACUUGGGAGACUCUCUCGAUAUCUGGAUAUGACUCAGACAUUUUCCCCAUGUGAACUCUCUUAUUAUUCUUAGAAAUAUAACAUAUUAAAAACUAUUUUGUCACUACUGAAUUUUUCAAAGGUAUUGGUAACUCAGCUUUCAUUUCUAGUGCUGGGCUAGGGUAGAGUUUCACAAACAUGUUCACGCUCCUAAACUAUGAUGUAUGCAAACUGUGUUUGGUGCAAUGUCUUAAUUCAUUAUAAAAAUCAGACUGUGGUAUCUAUUAUUACUUCUCAUUCAGGUUGCAUGCAUAAUCUUUGUUUCCCCAAGACAGUCCAGUUUUCAUGCAUCUAAAUAGCCUUUUUGCUAUGUAUGAAUUUUGACUCUUCACUGCAUGUGUGGUAAUAGCUUAAACUACUAUUACUGUGUUAACAACUGUGGUGUUGCUUUGACUUUUAUUUUAAGUUAAAUUGUUGUGGUGUUAUCCAUAUGUUAGAGCUCUCCUUCCCUAAUAUUAUUAGCUAUGAUAUAAUACCAGUUUUAUAUGUUGACAUGUUCUGUUCUCUUAGGCUUCAUUGAUAAAGCUAAGUAUUGUUAAAGAGUUAUAGUUCACUUGAAUGAUUUUGCUAAUUGGCAUUCAGCUCUUCUGAAUUAUUUUCUCAUUAAAUCUUCCUUGUUCCUCUUUUCAGUAUAAGAUCACUAAAAAUAUUCAGCACUGCACAGAACAUACUUAUCUCUUCUCCACAUUAGUCCAUGAGCUAGGCCCACAAAUUUAACAGGCCCUCAUACUUAUCCUUCCUUCCUUUAUUUGAUUUCUAUACCGCCCCUCCAAAAAUAACUCAGGGCAGUUUACACAGAGAAAUAAUAAAUAAGAUGGAUCCCUGUACCCAAAGGGCUCACAAUCUAAAAAUAAACAUAAGAUAGACACCAGCAACAGUCACUGGAGGUACUGUGCUGGGGGUGGAUAGGGCCAGUUACUCUCCCCCUGCUAAAUAAAAGAGAAUCACCACAUUAAAAUGUGCCUUUUUGCCAGGUUAGUAGGAGGUGAAUACUCAGUGAUUUCUGGCAAUAUAUAUCCCCCAGCCACCUAAUAGUGCAGUGGGGAAAUGAUUUGACUAGCAAACCAGAGGUUGCCGGUUCAAAUCUCCACUGGUAUGUUCACCAGACUAUGGGAAACACCUAUAUUGGGCAGCAGUGAUAUUGGAAGAUGCAGAGAGGCAUUAUCUCAUACUACGUGGGAGAUGGCAAUGGUAAACCCCUUCUGUAUUCUGCCAAAGACAACCACAGGGCUCUGUGGUCGCCUCAAUGGAACACUUUACUUUAGAGAUGAAAAAGGUAAUUGCAUUCUUGUACUCACAACUUUAUCCCUACCCCCAAAGGAUUAGGGAAAAAUUGCAGUGCUGUACUAUAUCCAUGGAGUUAUGUUAUCGGGGUGGGUGGUUUUCUGCGUUUUGACUUUGGUGUAUCUGAACAUUGAUUAUAAAUAAAGUUUUUUCUAUUUCCAUGGA